AUGCAAGAGGGAGAAUGCAAAAAGUACACACUAAAAUGGUAUUAUAACCACCUAGUGAGAGAGUGUCGCCUGUUUGUGUACAGUGGCUGUGGUGGAAACCUGAACCGAUUUGACGAGAAGGAGCAAUGUGAGCUACGCUGUGUACACAGGAAAGCAGAAGGUAUGUUAUAA